CCAUGACGCUCACUGGUCCCCUUCCAUCCUGGCAAGCUCGACCUUCUAGAUCUCAUUUGCCGUUGACAAAACAUGUCUCUCCACGCCUGUCCGUGCCUCAACAUCAAGGUCAGGGCUGCGCCCAAUCCUCCAGUGGUGCCGACAGACGUGACAACAGCAGGGGAUGCGGACUCACGUCGACGAGGCUCGCUCGGAUUUGUGACCGAGACCGACAGCGUCAAAGGAUACAAAGCACAGCUUGGAUUGGGUGGAAUUACGAUUGAACACAAGCUUCUGGUUAAACAUGUGCUUCUUGAGAAAAGUUGGUUGGAAGUUCGCUGUCUGAACUGCGGUUGUUCAGCGUACUUUAUACGUGUGGAUCCUACAUCGCAUCAUUUGGACGACCUUGCUGCAAGUGCACCAGCUGAUAGGAUUGUUAUCGUGGGCGAAACUACGAUCUACGACGACGCAAUAGAGAAGGACAAGCAAACUCCAAGAUACAGUGAAUCAUGUCGCAUAAUCCUCUUGAAUGAUCCGCAGAAGCCCGAGCAUCUCCCGGUGGAUUAUGGUUUCUCUGAUGCGUAUAAAACAUUUGAGGCUGGUCUCAAACGGUAUAUCGAAUCAAAGAGGCUAGAGAUGGAAGAACGGAUCGCUGCUUUCCGUACUGAGCAACAAGCGAUACUGGAGCGUCAAAGAGAACGCGCACUCAGAGACAGCGACACCUUGUGGGCACGAAUCUGUGAUCUGCAUCGUGAGAAACUUCAUCGGACAGCACACAGUACAUCACCUGAGCUCAGUACGGAAGCGUCCGCCAUCCCUUUGCCUCAUACCGACGGAGGGUCCUUGACCCCAAACCUGAUGUCGUCAUCGGCUCUCGGCGGCUCGUCCUUUGCCCCCUCCUCACUAUACGAAAGGUCGUCUAGUCUUUCGCAAUCUAUCUCGACCGCUCGACGCAAAAGUGCAGCAGACUUGGGCUCACCUAGCAGAUAUGGCUCAACCAGUGUCGACCAAUCCGACGCGCGAACGCAGCAAAGCGUCCUCACGUCCGACAAACCAGAAAAUGAUGAUGGUAGUGUUGGAGACAAUGGGAGCGCAAGCCAGACAGAGUUGGCGCGAAAGGUGCGAUUUGAACAUGAUGCCUCGACAAGAGAGGGGGUUGAUGAAUAUGAAGGCGCCAGUGAACCACAUACGCACGACGAUGAUGUUCUAUUUGACCUUGAUGGGUUCGAGAACGACAAAGGGAAGCAAACUUCGAUUCCAAGCAGUGACAGUGAACAUGACGACGAACCAGGUUCCCCGGUGCGUUAUGAUCCACCCGAACUAUCCUCAGUAUCAAUCUUCUCCUCGUCGCUCCCCAUUCGCAUCCCAUCGAUACCCAAAUUAGAUUUAUCGACUGAUCCCGACGCAGUUAUUCCAGAGGAAGAGGAUCGCCCACACGAUGACGAGGAUCAAUUUGUCGCGCCUCAUAUAUUAUCGGCAAAAACAUACACUGAGGAUUAUUUACUUAACCAACGACCCCCUAAAAGCCGUAAAACAAGUUUCGCCAUUUAAAUGUGUAUAUACGUGAAGACUGGGGAUGUCAUGUUUGGUAUGAUUUAGGUGUAUAGUGGGCGUCCUUGACUUUCUUUGAUGAUAUCUAUGUAAAGCCCAUGGUAGCUAAAACCUCUUUUGCUGUCUUCUCCGCCCAUCUUGCGUUUCCCCAUGUUCCCCAGCCG